CUUAAGUAUUUAAUGAAUUCAUUCAUAAUGUGUCCAUGCAAUAUUGUAAUUAACACAUUGUCUUAACCCUAAAUGUAAAAAUUAAACCGGCCGCGGCGUGAUUAACUGCAGGCGACCUAAUUAUUUUCAUAAUAUUAAUUUUCCCGUUAAUAACAAGUGUGCCCACAAUCCACAACAACGGCUUUAUACAUGUCUGCACGGUUUUAAAUCGCAUCAUUAACUCCAAAAUACGCGAAAGGUUUUAAAUACGGGAUCAACAUUCAACAGCGGACAGUAUUGCCAAAACAAACUUAUAAAACCCAACUGUAUGUACCUUAAACCAUUUAUUUAAGGUCUAAAACCGCUCGAAUCAAACGCAUAAAGACCACGGAUCGUUCGAGAUUACCAGUGAACUCCAACCCUGGAUUUUUCCGGCAAAUGCGCUUUCACGUUAAAAAUCCUCUUAAUUUCUCUAACAGCCAGUUACAAGUAUAACUAUUGAAAAUCGGAUUAUUUUUUUUCGUUCGAAUUUCGAACUUUUUUAAUGUUUUUUUUAAAGUCUGCUCGUUAGCUGGCUUUAUGCUGCUGGCUGUUAUACGGCUAGGCGAAUAUUAAAGGGUAUUAUACGCGUAUUGCGAUGCUGAUUAGUGCUGAGCGAUAUGAGUGUGCAAUACGCAGCCGUAAUCUGCUGCCUCGUAGAGAGCGUUCUCGGCGUGACGUCACCCGAUGCCGCUAAGUUCAGUCUCAGCUCGCUAUAUGACGCGGCGUUGCCUGUACUGCACCCCAUCAUCGCUGCCGGCUCUGAUCGAUGUGGCACAUUAAAAAGUCUGUUCGGCAUAACAUACGAACAAAUGCAAGAGAAAAACCGGACGAACUACCAAGAGAUAACCAUAGACCACAUCACCACAAACGGGAACAUCAAAUACAACAUGACGGCUGCUAGAAAGCUUAACAGGUUUAUGUCUAAUGCUGAAACGGUCGUUGUGCUAGUCCAUGGUUUCCUGGAGAGCUCUGACGGAUGGAUGGUGAAUGCCUUAGCUCCUGAGUAUUUGAAGAAAGCGGGCUAUAAGGUGUUAGCCCUGGAUGGAAGAAGGGCGAUAUCUUAUGAAUAUUUCAGUGCGUCAACGCACGCUCGCUUCAUCGGGGAACAACUUGGCAACUUCUUGAGUGAACUUGUUGAAGGCGGCCAAGACCCUUCAAAACUGAUCCUGAUCGGCCACAGUCUCGGCGCCCACAUAGCCGGGGUCGCAGGCAAGCGUCUCCAGCAGAACACAGGGAAGCAGGCGUCCCGGAUAACCGGCCUGGAUCCUGCCGGACCAUGCUUCAGUAAAGUUGACGUUGGCGCGCGGUUGGACCGCGGGGAUGCGGAGUACGUCGACGUUGUGCAUACAAAUGGUGGCAUGUUGGGGAUUAAAGAGCCUGUAGGACAUAAAGACUUCUAUCCUAAUGGCGGCAUGACGCAGCCAGGCUGCCUGCUAGCCACCUGUGAUCAUACCCGGGCUUGGGAACUCUUGGCUGAAGCCAUUAAUGCGCCAGAUGACUUCCCUGCCCGCAAAUGCGAGAACCGCACUCUGUUCCAGAGCGGCCUGUGUGCCGGGAACGAGGUAGCUUACAUGGGCAACAGUGCCGGCAGUCCCGGCACAUAUUACUUCAACACAGCGGCUAGCGCGCCCUUUGGACUGAGGGCAGCUGGCAGUGGCAUUAAAUGACUAUUGACCUACUGUAAUAAAUGCGUAUUUUUUUA